CAAACAUUACGUUUAUAGCAGAAUUCUCAGUUGCUUUAGUGGAUAUUAACUGAGCUUCAGAGAUGUGUGUGCUUCUCACCCUGUGACAAUUUAUGUUGAUGUGAGGCACACUGAAAAGUAUGCGCUUUAACCGGCAAAGUUUAAAAAUCUUGUUUUAGCACAGCGGUUAAUUGACAGGUAGAACUUUCACCCUAGAACUCCUUGGUUUAACCAGGUUCAAGCAUGUGGAGUCAAAAAAUCUAUAAUAUGGAUCUAUCCACUGUAAUGUAUAUGCCACUAUAAUGGAUGCUACACCCCUGAAUGUAGCCCUAGUAAUUAUAAAAUGAAAACAAGUAUGACGGAUAAAAGUAGAUCAUCACAGAAAUUUUACAACUCAGUCCAUCAGAGUGACGGAUAAAGGUUUUUUCUAGUGCAACCUCUAAACAUGCCAAACAAACAUCCCUAAUAAUUUCAUCUCAGCACAAAACACCACUAAAAUGUGCACAUCCAUGUCAAAAAGUGACCAUAAAAACAAACCAGAUAUAGGCAAAUCGUCAAAGGCUGUGCAUAUUAUCUCACUAACUCACAUGAACAGCAUUACAAAAUUAAUCAAAAUGAAAGACCCUCAAUAUUUUGCUGUUAUUGUAAUUUAACACAAACCAUUGCAUCAACAACACCUCAAAGCAAUGGCAUACACUUAAUUAAAAUGAUGAUCUAUGAUUUAAUCCAACCAGCAACACAUUAGAAUAAAAAAAGAUUUUAAAAUUUACCAGGGAAGUUCACUAGGAUGUGUCUAGAAGGUGAGUCUCAUUCGCUUUUUCUAAGGUUAGGUUUAGGGUUAGAUUUAGUGAUAGGGUUGAGGUUAGGGUUAGGAGUAGGGUUUCUGUAGGACUCCAAAAUAAACACAUUAAACAGUGUGUGAACGUUGCAUGCGGCUCUCUCUCUCUCUUUCUCUCUCUCAAGACUUUAGGUAACUGGGAGGUUACCUUCUAGACAUGACCAAUCCACUAUGCAGGUCUGCACUCUUAACUUCCGAGGACCAUGUCAACUUGUCUUAUAUACUGUAUGAUCAAAGCUUUUGACUCGCUAAGGGGCAAAGGUUAAUGUGAGGUCAAUAUCAAAGGUGGAGUUUCGCUGAGUCAGGUCAGAGGUUUCAGCACCAAGAUUGCAGAACUUGCAGGUUGUGUAUUCAAUGCAAACAGUACAGGUUUAGUAAAAAUUAAAAAAAAUUGCACACAGACAAAGCGGUGCCCAAAGAUCAUGGUUUGAGAUCAUGGAUGGUGUGCUGGGUCAGCAUCCAGCUGUUAGUGGAGAGACAACUUGGGACACCAUGGCAGUUACAGUCAGUGAGUUGUCAGUGCUAACUUAUCUUGCUAGCUUGCUAAUGCUUACAUACUAUAUAAACUCAAUAUUCUAGAUGACUAGAUAACAUGAUACCUCAGCUUGAGCUUCCCUCUUGCUUGUGAAAUGGUCAUGAUUUGUGAUGUUGGCACCAAGGCGGCAUAUUAAGGGUGGAUUGUAGGGCAACACUGCAGAGCUAUUGGCUCGAUGGUGGGAAUGCAGAUCGAUUUUGGUCUCGCGGCUUGAGGUCUGAGGCUAUUGGCCCCGGCUGGCCAGUUGAUACCCCUGGCUCGCACUGGCCCAAUAGUGAAUAAGCGGCUACUGAACACUCGUUGCAUGUGUGCAUGACGUUCUCCAGAUCUCCGUUGAUUAACACUGAGGACGACGUGCUAGCCCCACGCAAAGCAGAUGUGAAUGAUUAUAUGGCUUCAACACAACAGACCUUAAUAAUUAUAGAAUUUCUCAAAAGAAUAUCUACUUUUGUCUAAAAAAAAAUUAUGAUUAUGCCACACAUUUUGCACAAAAGCGCCACAACUGGUGGAGCGCAGCCCCACCUGCCCCUAAUGUAGAGACCCCACUGGUAGUAGUUGAAGCGGAAUGUUCAGGCUUAAUUACAUAUUCAGACUCAUAACAGUUGUCAGCUGAGGGCGCUAUUUUGCUACUGUUGUGUUUGACGUGACAAGAUGCACUGCUGCUCUACUGUUCGGUGAUGGUCUCAAUGCUAUUUUUGGAGGGUGGUGUUUUGGCAAGAGGCGGCGUGUCUAAUUCAACAGCUCAGUCUCAUGGAAGUUCCAGAACGCCUAAAAUCACUUACAGCACUUUUAAGAAAACAGCUCGAUGGGAUUUGGCACACAGCUAUAGUGGUCUAUGGAGAAGAAUUCUUCUAUGGUGGGGCCGGGAUCUCAAGUUGCCCAGCGGGUGGGACGAUGCUGGGACCUCCAGACACAGUGGUUGAGCUGGGAAAUACAGAGGUGACAGAGGAGAUCUUAAUGGACUAUCUGUCUUCACUUGGAGAAACUACAUACAGUGGGGACAAGUACAGAUUGUUUGAGCACAACUGUAACACGUUCACUAAUGAGGUGGCCCAGUUCCUGACUGGCAAUAAAAUUCCCUCCUACAUCACAGAUCUGCCCUCUGAGGUGCUUUCCACGCCAUUUGGUCAGGUGUUGCGGCCAAUCCUGGACUCCAUACAUAUUGCCCCCCCUGGUGGGAAUGUCAUCAGCAGCCAAAAUAACCACAGCUAGAUUAGCUUUAUAUUCACAGAAACAUGCGCAUAAACAAUACGCAAUAAUUCACACAGGCUGUUUGUACACGCACAUUUGCCCUGGCUUGAAAAUCUUGUUCAAAGCACUAACGAACAAAAUCUGUUCUCUCUUUGUCCAUAUUCACAGUUGUACAAACAGUCCGUUCCUGCCUAAAGUGUUUUAUGCAUCCUUCCACAUAACUGAUGGUUCAUAUUUUUCAGUAUUGACUUCUCAGUUUCUAUGGUUAUCAUUUUAUUAUGUAACUAUUCUGUAUCUCUACAGCCCACCACAUGCAGAGGUCAUAUGUUGUUUCAAUUUAAGUUGACUUUUAAGGACAACCCAACUUUUCAGCAUCUGUGUAUUUAUUUAUUUAUCUUUAUGUAUGUGAAACUUUGUGGCGAUGAAGCACAUUUUGUAUUUGGCCUACUAGCUAACUUGUAUUUGAUUUUGCUCUUAAGAUGUUAUUGAGAGUGACUGAAUGGACUAUGAUACAUGUGGCUCAGAUUCCAAGAGAAAUUUACAUAUUUGUGCCUUUAACAUGCCAGCUUGGGCACUAGUAACAUUUUAACCAUUACUGUGUUAAGUCAGGAUUAUUUAUACAUGUUACACUUCAGCUGUACAUUGUCCCCUAUUUAUUCAGCUAAAUGCUUAUAUAUAUGCUUUACGAUAAAUACACAGUUUUUAUAUCCAUUAAAGGAACGUUUGCUGAUGUUGUCAAUGUUGUAUGCGGAACAUAUUGCUUUGUUAUUGGUGUUUAUUAAUAUAUUACUAUUUUGAAUCAGUUUAUUUGGCACAAGUGAUAAUGUUUGUAUGGUAUAUAAUAUUCAUAACAUGCUAAAUGUAACAUUGUGGCGCUAAUACUUUAAGUAAUUUUUAUUUGUAUAGCGCUUUUCACAAAACACAUCGAUUCAAAGCAGCUUUACAGAAAAUCAUGCAUUUACAGAAAAUGAUGCUGUAAUGUCUUGAAGUUCUCAUUGAGUAGUUUAAAUGAAAAACGUGUUUGAAAAUCAUGUGUUAAAAAUGUGUCUUUUGGCACCCAGCGACUGUGCAAUGAAUCCAAAACUCCAUAAGAUGUUAGUUAAUGGAGAAAAAUAACCUUGGGAGAAACCAGACAGGCCCUUAAUUGUUCUGUUGUUUUUCUGUUGUUGUUAUCUAUGUCUGAUUUUUGUUGCAAAAUUUCAACUGCACUGAUUAUUUUGAGUGUACACUCAUUCGUUUUAAUGGAAGAUAUCUCAUUAAAGAGAACCAGCAUUAAUCAGUCUACACUGAGAUUUGAUUUUACUUCAGCCUUUUAAAAUAUCCAGACAUCCUCUAGGUUUUGGAAUCUAGUAUAGAAUAAUAAUAAUUAAAAUAAAUCAAUAAAUAAACAGGUCAAUUGACAAAUGUGUUUAUAAAGUUUUUUUUUCAUUUAUUAAUUCAUUAUAUUGAUAGAUUAAAAUGUUAAAAUAAAUAAAAAAUAAUUAAAACAUCAAAACUUGAUUAAAACUUAUUCAUCCUUCCAUU